AAUACAUCUUUUAUUCGGUUUGCUCUUAACAAAAGUUGUGCACCUAGCACAAGGCGAACGCGUGCGUUGCUUUUUCUUUCUCAUAGUGUUCUGUUUUUAUUGCGCGAUGUGUUCAAUCGAAUCGGAGCAGUUGUAAUACCCGAAAGUUCGAAAAAAGUAUUGAAAAAAAAAGUGUUAUAGUGUUAAUGAUAAAGUCAAACCAUGGAGUUAACUUAAUAACCAGUUCAGACAGUUAAAUAAUUGUCUUCACUAUGUCCUGCUACAUAAGGAUGAAAAGAUCCUUUUUACAGGGUCUUUUAUGGCUGUACCUAUACGGAUUUGGUUUCAUGGCGUUUUCACUCGAGCCUGGGUUUUUAGAUUUUGACAAUCUUCCAGAUACGAAUUUUUCUUGCGUAGGCAAAGUCAUUGGUGGUUAUUAUGCAGAUUUGGAAACGAAUUGUCAAAUGUUUCAUGUCUGUACUAUUGGUCAAUUAGACGAGCCUAUGGAUAUUAGAUUUUUGUGCCUGAAUGGAACCGUUUUCGAUCAGGAAACUCGCGUUUGCGAGAGAAUAGACGAAGUCGACUGCACGAAAUCUGAACAAUUUUAUAAUUUAAAUUUAGAAUUAUACGGACAUAGCCAAUUUUCUAAUUUAGAAGAAAAUUCUGAGACUGAACAGCCCUUGAUAAUAAAAUCUACUUUACCUACGACCACCACGACGACAUCUACACCAUCACCGACGAAAAAAACAACGCACUUACCAUUUUACACUUCGGUAACCCCACCGACGAUUACAACGUUAGAAAACCGUUUAUCUUCUACGGGAAAUCAUCCCAAAGGAAACAAUCACGCGUCGUCGACGCAGAAUCUCGUAUCUGCGCAUCAUUUUCCCGUGAUCAAUCCGAGUGCCACAGAUAUACGUUUCGAUCCCGAAGAGAUCAACAUCAGUUUACAUCCCGGAGCGCCGCCGGAUAUAAGGACGUUUUAUAGUGUUACAAAUAGUGAGAAUCAAUUGGUGGCGACUACUAAUCGUGGUGUGUUCGAUAAACCGCCCCAAAAUAUCGCGUCCAGUACGCAGAAAAACCGUUAUAAUAGUGCUACGUCAUCGGAUAUUAGUGGAUUGGGGUUUACUUUUAAAGACGACGAUUCCGGGGGGUAUACAGAAUCGCCGGAAAGUUUUAGGAUACGUAAGGAUUUCAGGCCUAGUCAAAAUUAUGCAGUUUCAGCUGCCCUGCAAAAUCCUCAAUCUCAACUAUAUAAAUCGAGUACGUUUAGAAAUGAUUAUACGUUGAGUACUUUGAAAGCGAACGGGAAUUUACCGAAAUCUUCGACGACGUUAAGAAAUUAUUUUGUUCAAUCCCUGAAACCACCGAAACCAGAUCAACGGGAUCAGUACGGUACACCUCAUACCGAGAAAAAUCCUUUACCGAGUUUGCCAACUUUAACUUUCAGUUCGCCAGCACCGUUUUCUUUGCAACAGAGAAAUGAACAGAAAAGGUAUACGAAAGACCACAUCCCCCCACCAAGAAUCGUAAUAAGCGCAAGCGCCAGCGUGAGCGACGCUAGCGGAAAACGACUGAACUACUCUUUAGGUACCAUCGGGGCUGCUCAACUAUUCAAAACACCCCCACAUUCCUACGACGAAUAUAAAGAUGAAGACGUCGUUCUGGACCCUUUUUACCUAGACGUUCCCAAAGUAACCAAAUCCCCAAGAAAAAAACGAAGCAUACAAGAAAGAAAAAGCUACGCCGACAUUAUUAAAAACGACGAAGAAGCUUUAGAUUUAUUAAAAUUCCUAUUCGAUUGGUACAAAAACGAGAAAACCAAUAAAUAUACCACCCCUUUAAGCACCCCCUUAGAUUUGGACAGUAUAGCAUCGAUAAACCACGAACUGGCCCCCGAAAAGGAGGAUAAUUUAGAUCUGUUCUUCAACACCAGCGAUUCAUUCGGAAAAAACACUAAAUACAGUGUCUUCGGGAACGAAGGAUCAAUAUUGAGUCACGAAGCAGAAACGAAAAUUAACAAGGUACAAGAAAAAUACACAAUAACACACGAAACCGAUAAAGAUUACGUUAACGAUAAUUACGAACCGAUAAGUUAUAAAGAGUACGGUAGAAGAAAUCACGAAGAAGAAAUUGACGAAUAUAAAAUACCAGAAGAUUACGUUGAUGAUAACAUCGAACCUAUUUACUACAAAAAAAGGGAUGAAAAUGGAUUAACAACUACGACGGUUCCUAUAUUUGAAAACGUAAACACCCUAACAACAGAUUCAAUAUUCGUAACCGCAACAGAACCAUCGCGAAACACCGAAGUUUAUUACGAAACUAGUGAUUCCAUACCCACUAUAACAGAAAAUUCAAUAAUUACUACACGAAAAAUCGUAACCGCAACGGAACAAUCAAAAAUGAGAAAAAAUAAAACGAAAUACAAGAAAACUUUUUCGACUACCCCCGUAGAUGUUACAACUACUUCUUCUUCUUUUUCGGAACUUAGUACGUUUGAACUACCGGAUGAAAUGACAAUCGAAUCUACUACUGAUGGAAGUUUGUCUAUGGAUUUGAAAGCGAUGAUUAGAAACAUCGAAACUAACACCAAUAGUGUGGCGGCUUCGGACAUAUAUAAACAAAAAUCGAAAAAAGAAAUCAAAACUAACAAUGAUAGUAACGCGGCUUCGGAUAUAUAUAAACAAAAAUCGAAAAAAGAUAUCGGAAAUAAUAGAAAUCGUAUGGCGGCUUCGGAUAUAUAUAAAAAAAAACGAAAAAAAAUCACAGAAACUACUACAAUGGGGUGGAGCGAAGAAAGUACCACGUCUGAAGAAGAUUUAAUGAGGUUAAGUGAAGAAAGUACCACGUUUAAAGAAAAUUUAAUCGGAUUAAGUGAAGACAGUACCACGUUUAAAGAAGAUUUAAUGGAAUUAAGUGAAGAAAGUACCACGGUUAAAGAAGAUUUGAGUGUAACUACGGAGGGUUAUGGUACUACUGGAUCGAAUGGGGAUGAUGGGGUUAAUACUGAAGAUGUUUUUGGUACGACUACCGAUAUUUCUGUGGGGGUAGAUGAAAGAUAUAACGAAAUAUCGACUACUUUGGAACAAUUUACUAUGGAAUCUACUACCGAGGUGGUAGAUUCGACUGAAAGUACUACUACGAGGAAAUUUAAACGGAGACGUGGAAGAUUUGGUGGUGACAGGCAUAGAUUUGGUAGCGAUCGGUUUAAAAAGCGGUUGAAAGCUACGGGACCUGCGGUGGAAGAUGGGAGUAUCAGAAUUGGAAAUCAGAAAGACGUGGCAACAUCUACCGAAUAUCUUCGUAACCCGACGAAACGAAAAAGCUUCCCGCUGACUGAUUAUCCUCUAAGAAAAAGCGUGAAUCCGACACAAGCGGAAAGAAGUGUAGUAACGAAGCCGUUUUCUCAACGUCCCCCCGUAUUUUUCAAUUGCUUCGAUAAAGAAGUGAACAAAUUCUAUCCGGAUCACAGGGAUUGUAAAUUAUUUCAUUAUUGCACGCAGGGAUACACCGAAAAUCAGCUGCUCGAUUUGAAAUUCGUUUGCGAUUUCAACACCUUCUUCGACGAACAGAAAUUGAUUUGUACGAAAGCGAAACCGACGCGAUGUUCGUAAAUACCGAAUUCGAUUUUUUUUUAUUGCCGCUAAGUGAUUAAUUUCUCGCGUGAAAGUCGAAUAAAAAUCCAUGAAAUUCUACAAAAAAUUUGUUCAAGUUUAAAUUCAAUUCAUUUAUUUAGAUUUUGGGUCGUGAAAUUCCAUAAAAAAAAGGUUUUCCAGUUUGAAUUCGGUUUAUUUCUUUAGCCCUGAGUCGUGAAAUUCCACCAAAAAAAUUUGUUCAAGUUUGAAUUCAGUUUAUUUCUUAAGAUUUGGGUUCAAAAUAUACUAGAUCGAACGGUUUUUUCUAGAUGGCGUUGGCUAUAACUUUAUCGCGUAUAUAUAAACCAGAAUUACUUGAGUAAGGGUCUAAUUAAAGGUUCGUGGUCGUAUAAUUGUGCUCGUUAAUUGAAUAUCCUUUAAUUUCCACCAAAAACUAUUUUUUUAUAGUAUAAAUUCAGUUUAUUUGCUAGUUAGAACGGUUUACGCUAGAUUGAGGCGGUUUACGCUAGAUUGAGGCAGUUUUCGUAUGCUUGAACUGGAAUCACUUAAUAAAGUGUACAACAGUUGGAUAGGGGUUGGAGUUGAAGUUUUCAAUCGAAUAUUACUUGAAAUUUAUGAAAUUCAACCAAAAAUAUUUUUUUCUAGUGAAAAUUUAGUUUCUUCCUUCAAAUUUGUCUCGAAAAUGUAGUAUUGCGAACGAUUUUAGAUAGAUGGCGUCUCUAUAAUGGGUUUUCUUGCUUGAACUGGAAUCCCUUAAAAGUGCUGUUGCGGGGUGGGUUAAAAACGAACUUUUCAAUUGAAAAUUACUUGAAAUUCAUUCAAUUCCACCAAAAAAAUGUUUUUCUAGCAAAAAAUCAGUUUAUACCUUCCAAUAUGGCACGAAAAUUCACUAGUUCGGACGAUUUUCAAUAAAUGGCGUCAGCUAUAACGAUUUUUCUUACCUUUCAACUGGAAUUACUUAAGAAAGUGUCUAAUGAGGGGUGUGUGGUAGGUUACAGUUGUGGUUUCAUAAUUUAGAAAAAAUUUUACAAAUUACGCAUGUUAAGGACCAAAAUACAAUAUUUUUAUCAUAUAUACUUACAGGGUGUCUAGCCAUCGAGAAAUAGCGGGAAAAAAGCGGGAAUUUUUUGGCAGCGGGAAAAGACGGGAAAACAACGGAAUUUUUUUUCGAGAUCGGGAAUUUUCGGAGAAAUGCACAGAAAGUUGUAGUUUCAAUACAUAAUAUGCUUCCUGCUAGCAAAAUUGAUAUAGGAUUUUCAACUAAGAGCGCAUUGAAGAAUGCUAAAAUCAAGCUCUCUGGUGAAUUAUUGACUAAAUUCAUGAUUGAUUGUAAGAAUUGUUUCGUUAAAAUUAUUAAAAAAUUCAAGAACGAUCACCUCUAUUGUAUAAACUUACAAAGUACAUAACUUGUGUGAAUCCAAAUUUAAUCGUACAUCAAUCCAACGUAGCUCUACAGCGACUUGACUCUUGCUUGGCUGUUCUGGUUGACACAAACAAGUUGAUUUCUGGCUCGACGGCUGACAAAAUAAAAAAGAGUAUCGAGAUAUUCUACAAUUUUCUAACACCAUUCAAUCCAUGAAGAUAUAUAAUCGAAGUGUAAAAAGGCUUGAUAAAUUUUGGAUAGAAUUGAUAGAAGAUUCCGGUUUGACCUGCCCGAACUUGAUUAAUUUUCUAGAAAUAAUUUUCAUUUUAUCUCAUGGAAAUGCAGCAGUUGAGCGCGGAUUUUCCGUAAACAAAGAGGCAAUCGUUGUAAAUCAGGCGGAAAACAGUCUAGUUGCCUUGCGCAUCAUUUAUGAUGCAGUUACUGCGGCAGGGGGCAUCAAACACGUAUCUAUCACAUCUAAAAUGAUGUUGAACGUGCGAAUGGCGCAUAGUAGAUAUGUGGAGUUCUGUCAGAAUAAAAAAAAUGAAGAUGCACAAAAACAAAAGGAGUCUAAUGAAAGAAAAAGAAAAGCAGAAGAAGUUGAAGAAUUGAAAGCAAAACGAAAGAACUUGUUAGAACAAACAUCAGCUUUAAAUGACCAAAUAAAAAAUUUAGAAAAGAAUAAAUAAAUGAACCUAUUGUGAUUCGCUAUUAAUAUAAGUAGUCAUUAAUUCAAUAAUAUAUUUCAUUUAUAUUUUGUUAUGAGUAACUAAUAUGUAUCAUUCUUUAUGAAAAAACAAUAAAAAAGCGAUAAUUAUUUUUUUUGUAUUGAAUGCUAUUGUUUAUUGAAUAUUACUAAAAAUUGGUUUACUAAUAUCGGGAAAAUUAGAAAAAUUUGUCGGGAAAAAACGGGAAAACUGCGGAAAUUGAGAUGCACGUCAGGUCUAGACACCCUGUACUUAAUAUGGUAACAUUUCUUGGAACUAAAACGACUUUUUACAUCUUUUACGUCCCAAUUUUCGAAAAUUACCUUUCAAAUUUUCAGUUCUUUUAUUCCUGAUCAUUAAGGACGUAAAGAUUUCAUUAUAUUUUGAAAAAAAAAUCGUAUCAAAUUUCAUAAAAAAUGUUUAUAUAACAGAAAUUAAUCACUUUCCCAUGAGUUUUAAAUUUUCCAAAAUCAUUUAAUUCAAUCGAACAUAUUUAUUAGACGAUUUUUUUUAAUUAUUUCUUUUUAAACUUUAUAACCCCACUGAGUAUUGUAAAUAUUAUCUAAACGUCAAAAAAAAAACAAAA